AUGCUCGAGCAGGAUGUGGACAUCACCCUGAAGGUGAUUGUCGUCGGGAAUGGGCAGGUGGGCAAGACAUCCAUGAUCACGCGAUUCGCGAAGGGCAUUUUCACCAACGAAUACAAAAAGACAAUUGGUGUGGACUUUUUGGAAAAGAGGAUGUUUUUGAAGGAUGUGGGUGAAGAGGUGACUUACCUUUUGUGGGACACUGCUGGGCAGGAGGAGUAUGAUGCCAUCACUAGGGCAUAUUACAAGGGAGCAGGGGCCUGCAUUCUGGCCUUCUCCACCACCGACCGAGACUCUUUUGAUGCCAUCGAGUCCUGGUACAAGAAGGUCCACGAUGAGUGCGGGAACCUGGUCAUGGUGCUCGUGCAGAACAAGGUGGACCUGCUGGAUGAGGCAGUGGUAGAAGCGAAAGAGGUUGAGACGCCCAAGCCUCGGGUGCAGUCAGUUUCAAGCGGCUGA